CAGCAUGCAGGUCCCUGUCGGCCCCUGCUCGACCUCACCUUGAACUGCUGCCGCUCAAUGUCGAAUCGCAUGUCGAGCGCCAUGGCCAAGCUGUGGCAAAGAAUAAAGGGAGGGCGAGCGCAGCGAUAUGAGCUGCUGCCCCUGGCCGACAACAAAGAGCUCAAGUACCGCAAGCACAGCUCUACAGGCCUGCGGCGUGCUGCUUUCUACCUCGUGGCGCUCCUAGCAUUGCUAUUGCUCAGUCUCUAUGGCUUCUUCCGGUAGCAUGCCCUGCCUCCUUGCAGCCCUCUUGUUCACCUCGUUGACCCUCCCCAGGUCCGCGGCUGCGCCCACGGCCACCCGGGCCUGCGACACCGUCGACGAUGGCUACCGCUGCAGCCCCAAGACGAGCCACUUCUGGGGCCAGUACUCGCUCUGGUUCUCCGUCCCCUCGGACGUCGACGUCGAUCCGCCCGAGCACUGCGACGUGAGCUUUGCCUCGGUCCUGUCGCGCCAUGGCGGCCGCGACCCCACCAUGAGCAAGACGCUGCUGUACGGAGCCACCGUCGGCUUGAUUCAGAACACGAGCACCGCAUUUCCAGACGAGUUCGCCUUCCUGAAGGACUACGAGUACAACCUGGGCGCUGAUCUGUUGACGGACGCGGGCCGGCAGGAGAUGGUCAACUCUGGUGCCCACUUCUACCGACGAUACAAGGACUUCCUCAAGGGCAAGACCCCUUUUGUGCGCUCGUCGGGCCAGGCCCGUGUGGUCGAAUCCGCAAACAAGUGGCUGGAAGGCUAUGCUCAGGCUGCACACAAGAAGACAGGCGCCAUUGAUGUCAGCAUCCCCGAGGCUGCGGGCGUGAACAACACGCUGUCUCACGAGAUCUGCACCAACUUCGAGGACGGCCCAUUGUCGGAUAUCGGCAACAAGGCGCAAGACAUCUGGGUCGCCAAAUUCGUCCCUCCGAUUCAAGCUCGCGUCAACGGCAAGCUGGGCACGACCCUCAGCACCACCGAAAUCAUCUAUCUGAUGGAUCUGUGCCCCUUCACCACCCUCGCUUCGCCGACUGCCCAAAUUUCGGACUUUUGCCACCUUUUUACCGAGGAUGAAUGGCAACAGUACGACUAUUACGAGAGCUUAGGCAAGUGGUACGGUUACGGCAACGGCAACCCGCUUGGGCCGACACAGGGAAUCGGUUAUGUGAGCGAGCUCCUGGCGAGGCUCACGGAGAAGCCAGUCCAAGUUGUAGGAAGCAUCAACAGCACCCUCGACAAGGACUUCGCAACGUUCCCGCUCCAUCGCAAAGUGUACGCCGACUUCAGCCACGACAACGACAUGACUGGUGUUCUUGCCGCGUUGGGCUUGUACAACAACACCAAGCCUCUCUCCAACUCAACCAUCGAGAGCACCAACGAGACCAAGGGAUACUCGGCGGCCUGGACGGUGCCGUUCGCAGCCCGUAUAUACGUAGAGAAGCUCUCGUGCAAGAAAGCGAAAGAGGAGUUCGUGCGCAUCAUCGUCAAUGAUCGCGUCCAGCCGCUAGACUUUUGUGGUGGCGAUAGAUACGGAAGGUGCACACUAAGCAAAUUCGUGGAGAGCCAGAGUUUCACCCGAACCGGCGGGCACUGGAAUCAGUGCUUUACUUCGUCGUAGACCCCCGUAGACGCGUAUAUACGGAUAAUAGAUGCGAACCGUGUGCGAAUGUACCAAAGCACGGCGGUCUUUUUUCGCUUAAUUGUCGAUUGGGAGCCUAGGCGUGCACUUCACAAUCGCCAGGGUGGAUAUGGUGGAUCGUGGGUGAGCCGCUUAGGCCGUCUCCGCUCCUCGCUUCGAAUGGAGAAUGAAUCGGCGCCCAGA